AUGUUCCUUUUUCUGUUAGUUCUUGCACUUGUGCGCAGAGGUGAGUCGGGAGAUGGGGUCCAGCUAAAUAAAUGUCUUGAUCCUAGCACUGUCCCAAUCGCUCGUCCACUGCCAUCUCCAUCAGCUUGCAAAGAUAAAAAUCCAGUUAUUUGCAAUGCCAUUUUCUCUGUCCGAUCAGGCGCUGUGGUAAAUAAUGCAGUUGCAAAUGGCCAAUGUCCGGAUACUGGUCAAGCGAACUGUGGACAAUUGUUAUUAGCUGGCUUAAAUUGUAAUAAUGAAUUCAUGAAACAGAACUGUAUGGCAACUUGCCGCAUAACAACUUGUUUGGCGAGAACAACAGCAGCAUCUGCUUGUUCGGAUGAACGAGUCGACUGUGCACAAUUGGCAUCGUUUUGCAAUACUGCACCAUAUUCUACAGUAUUGACUCAACAAUUGUUAUAA